GCCAUCCUCAAUAAAGAAGAAAACUGGAACAAGACUGGUACAAAUUUUGAUGGCAACCAUUUUAAUUUCAUAAUUACUCCGAUAGGAAUAAUUAGACGGUUUACUGUGCCGACAUAUUGUGUCCUGGACCAAUUCCAGCGAUUUAGAGAUAUAACCGAGGGAUGAGUUCCCCAAUUUCCAGCCUGAACAGUCUCUUUUCCUUCACAAGUCCAGCUGUCAAGCGCCUGCUUGGAUGGAAACAGGGAGAUGAGGAAGAAAAAUGGGCAGAAAAGGCGGUAGACUCUCUUGUCAAAAAGCUGAAGAAGAAAAAGGGUGCACUUGAGGAUCUAGAAAAAGCGUUAAGUAGUCCAGGACAACCAAGUAAAUGUGUGACUAUUCCCCGAUCUCUGGAUGGCCGGCUUCAAGUUUCACACAGGAAGGGACUUCCCCAUGUCAUAUAUUGCCGUGUGUGGCGAUGGCCUGAUCUACAAAGUCACCAUGAACUUAAACCUCUUGAAUGCUGUGAAUACCCAUUCAGUGCUAAACAGAAAGAAGUGUGCAUAAAUCCCUACCACUACAAACGUGUAGAAAGCCCAGUGCUUCCCCCAGUUCUAGUCCCCCGGUACAGCGAGUUCCCAGCUGGCUCUCCAACAAUGCCACCGUUUCAGCAGGCCCCAGAACCAGCCAUGCCACAGAAUGUGAGCUUUGACCCGAAUGGCUUCCACCAACCCUCACAAGGUCCACACUCGCCAGCCAGUUCAGGUGGGCCCAGCAGUCCUUACGGAUUACCAGCUGGUACACCUCCACCCGCAUACCAACCUCAUGACGAUAACUCCCAGAACAUGAACAUGCAACAUGCUAAUCAGAGUAGGAACACUGUGAGAGGUCCACAACAACCAACUCCUAUGGAUACCAUGCCGACUCCUACAGGUAUCGGUACAAAAUAUCUACAACCAGUGACGUACCAGGAACCACAGUACUGGUGUUCCAUAGUAUACUAUGAAUUGAACAACCGCGUAGGAGAGGCUUUCCAUGCCUCUCAGACCAGCAUUGUUGUGGACGGUUUUACAGACCCCUCCAACAAUGCAGACAGGUUCUGUCUUGGACUCCUGUCCAACGUCAACCGUAACUCUACCAUAGAGAAUACUCGCAGGCAUAUAAGUAAAGGAGUUCAUCUGUAUUACGUAGGUGGUGAGGUAUUUGCAGAAUGUUUGAGUGACAGUAGUAUAUUUGUACAGAGCCGAAACUGUAAUUAUCAUCAUGGUUUUCACCCAACAACAGUGUGCAAGAUACCUCCAGGUUGCAGCUUAAAGAUAUUCAACAACCAGGAGUUUGCAUCUCUUUUGAGUCAGUCGGUCAACCAUGGUUUUGAAGCAGUAUAUGAACUUACUAAAAUGUGUACUAUUCGCAUGAGCUUUGUCAAGGGCUGGGGCGCAGAGUAUCAUCGCCAGGAUGUAACAAGCACGCCAUGUUGGAUUGAAAUUCAUCUCAAUGGACCACUUCAGUGGUUGGACAAAGUGUUGACCCAGAUGGGCUCGCCCCACAAUCCAAUUUCUUCAGUGUCCUAAGUGCAGUAUUGGCACAUUAUAGACCAAGGUCACACAGAAAAGAGAAUAAAAUCUCCAAGUGUAAUCAACAUAAACAUCUCGUCAAGACUUCCUUUUGGAUUGUGAUCUGCAUUUUGUGUAAUUCACGGUAGAUAUAAGCGUGUGUAAAUGACUGUGAAUGGUUGCUCCAGCUAUUGUUUUCCCCAUUCAUUAUAAGAAUAUGUCCUACAGACUGAUACUGUUGGCAGAAAUAAAGUUCUUACAUUAAAUGCAAAGGAUGCAUACAGUUUUCUGUGGAGUAGUAUCAAUGGUUAGACCAGCAUGUAUUGAUCUUCCAAUAGGUAUGACUUCUCCAUGAAGUUUGCUGAUCAGUGCUGAAGAUAUAUAAUAUUUUCAGUAGUGAUGUUAAUGGGUUGUAUUGUUCUUUUACUUCUCUUACUAUAUCAAAUGUACUUAAACUAAGUAAGGUAGAUAUUGUCAUUUGAAAUGGGCAGGUAUUUUUAAGAUGCUUGUCAUGAUUGUUAAGUAUAAAUCAGACAGGUGUGUUCAGCAAAUAAGAGGGUUUAAUUUUCAUUGAUAAUUACUAUGUUUAAUGGCAUAGGUUGUUGAAAUAAACAUCAGUUUUCUGCUGUCUCAAUCUGAUAUUCAGAUGAUUAAGUAUUGGUGUGAAGAGUAGCACUACAGGUUGUUAUUGUGCUUUGUUAGAUACUUUCAAAUUACAUAUAUAUUUUACAAUUUACUUAAUACAAAUCUGAUGAUGUUAAUUUUUGCACUUAUUCAACUCCUGAAUAAAGGAUGUCAUUUUCAGAGAAUAAUGAAAUUUUGUAACACAGCAAUAACUAUGCCAACAGUGACAAGACUGAAGCUUAUAUUUCAGUAAUCUUUAGGUAAGGUAUCUAUGUUUUUACCCUUAUUGAUUCAGAUGAAAAGCAAUAAUUGAUGUUUCCUUCCUAAUUCUACAUUUUCUAGGUUCCGUUUUCAAACACUCCAGAUAUGUAUUGAAUUGUGCUAUGUUUAAAGAUGUGUUUAGAACAGAAGAAUGUAGUCAUGCUCCCUGCGACACUGCAGAAGACAUAAUUUUGCUUAAAUCCCCAUUGUGAAUUUCCAUAUUUGAUAUUUUUUAUUCAUUUAUAUUUUAUACUAUCAAUGUUGUACCUGUGAAGGAUUUCCACACAGACAAAAAAAUCUGGAAAGUUUGUAGUCUAUUCCCUGAGGAGAUAGAUGCAGAAUUCAUUACAUUUUUGUGUUGGAUAUCUGGUAUGUUUGACAUACAUUUUGUCUGAAUCGCUUACUGUCUGAGACAGUGGAGAGUUUUAAAAUAGAUUCAAUAGCUGAAAGAGUUCUCUGUCAUGUCAGAACUGGUUGCAAACAUUUGACUGUUUAUGCAGGUCUUGCUCACAUGAUAAUUCAGCAAUAUGAUUUAAGAAACCUGUGGACAUUAAAUAUUUCAAUAAUUACUGCUGGCUGACAGUUACUAAGUGCUAAAAUUAGGUCUGUUUAUUUAACAUUCAACAUGGAUUUUUAUUUUAUGUUAUAUAGGAGGGAAAGUAUUGUGUACAUGACUUCAUACUUUCUUGAUGAUAAUCCCACCUGAAGAUAUACAUACCUUGUUGAUUCAAGUGUUAAUCAAAUAUCAGUGAACCCAAACAUGAUCUGGUAAGAUGGGUUCAUGUAGUUCAGAAAUAUAAAUUUGAUACUGAGAAUUUUAUGUUUAACUAUUACAGUGUUUUGAAGUGGUCUCAUAAGUAAAUAUGAGUUUAAAAUAACUGUCAAAGUAUUGAAGCUAUUUCAUUACCCAAUUAUGUUCAGAAGAAAUUUAUCUGAUGUUAACAUAAAGUGUUUGAUAAUUCAUUUAUGUUGGGAUUUUCUGCCAUGAAAAUAAUGGAUGUAAAAUUUGUUGUCUACUGUUAACAUAACUAAAUAUUUGUAUAUGCAUAUUUUCCAAAUAUCUUUCAAACUCGUAUGCAGGCAGAUUUGUUGCCAGUUAAGGAGUAUCACAAUAUCUUUAUAUUUUUGGGCUUCCAGUAAUAUGUUUUGUGUGUUAUGUGGGAUGAAGGCCUCUGUAUUUUGUGUCAUACAUGUUGUUAGGAAGGUCUACAUAGGCUCAAUAUAUAGGUAGUUAUAACUUUAACAUGCUUCAUACUUCAAGAAUCAUUUGUGUAGUGAUUGUCGUGCGUGUUAUGGAACAAGGCUACUGGUAUCUGUUUACUUGAGUUAUCUCCCCUACUUAAGCUUUCACCGUACUAGAAGGAAAAAGCACAGCAAGUGAGGUCAAAUAUAUAUCUGGGCAACAUUCCUGAAACCAGGACCUUGUUUGUCCAGAUACAUUCUUAUUAAGAAUCUCAAAACCUUUCCCCACCUACUGUUAUAUAACCAAGCAAGGUUACAGGAAAUUAAUGUAAUAACAUGUCAACAGAUGGAUAAUUGAUGUUAAGUUGUUCAAAUUUCUGAUAGGCUAUCAUAGAAAAUGUUUGUAAUCAGUUUGAAUUAUUUCAACACCUAGAUAAUGGCUUUCUCUUGCAAUCCUCAUUUCAGUAACUUCAACAAUUACUGAAGUAUGAUAUGGUAGUAUUAACAGAGCCAUUUCCUACACAGUGCCACUAGGAUAACAGAGCUCAAUAUCCAUGUUUGUAUGAAUAUUAUACUAAGUGUAUAAAACUUGAAGUCUUGUGGUUUGUCAUGUUAAAUUCCAAUAUUUCUUUGGAUGGUAUUAGUGUCUUAGUGUCAGUGUUGUAGUAUUAUCACUGUUUACCAAAUGUACAGUGUUGUCCUUUCAAUAACAAAAAUUGUUGGUAAUUCAUUUUUUGGUUCCAUCCUUCUCUGUUAGCAACUGAUGAAAUUUAUUAAGACUGAUAGUUUCAAAAUAACCCAAGAUUUGAAACAAUUUUUUAACCAGUUAUCUUUUCCAGAACCUGCUUGAUUAUCACACUUUUACUUGCAUAAACCUGUUUUCAAUGUAUUUAUUUCUAUAUAUUCUAAAAUUUUGAAAGCAACGAGAAAUAGUUCUUUCUGCUGAGACCGGCCUAUUAUGUAAGACAUGAAAAAGUCUGUUUCAUUAUAAUGAAUUUAGAAGUUACUCUUUUUAAUGAUCUACUAGAUGUUUAUUGUUGUGUAAAGGAAUGUCAACACCAUGACAUGGCCGAGACAAUCACACAUUGUAACUACAAACUGCUGUUGUCAUUGAUUAUAGCUGUAUGUUAAAGUGACUGUAUCUUCUUGUGGAGUUUGUACUCAUUUUGCAUGUUGAUAAUUCAUUUUCAUCUCUCAAACACAAAAAUUAUGUUGUUUUUGUUUAAAACAGAAGAAUUCAUGCUAUGAAUUUCACAGCUUUUUUUUUCUCAAAUCAUUCUGACAUAAAGAAAAUCAAAUGACACAUAUUCAGGACAUAGCAACAAAUCUAAAACUUAUUUCACAAGACAUCACCAGCGUUCUCAAGUACUGUAUGUUUUCAUUUCAAAUCUUUUCAUAUUUGGUCAGAAUGUUUUUGAACAAAGAAUUGAUAUGAUUCAAGUAGUUUUACCUGAAGUGCCAAGUCAGAGGUAGAACAGACACCCUUGAAGAAGCAUUUCUGAUGCUUCAGAAUUUGUGUAAGUUUACAUUUUGAGGUAGAACAUGCCAUUUUACUUAAACAUAAUAUUAUUAUAAUUGUGUUCAUUCUAUAUUUAGUAACACUGAUUGAUAUGACAGCGAUCCCUUUGUUUGCAUGCUUUAUUCGCUCAUUUUUGUUCAGCAUUUAGUUCCAUGUUUGAAUGAGAGGAUAAAGUCUUGUGAGGAUAAAAAAUACACCCUAUGCUGAUAUGUUAUUUUAUUUUCCCUUGUUUUGUCCUACAAAAGAAGUAUUGAUAAAUAUAAUUUUAGAUAAAGAUAUCUUAAUGUUGAAUUGUUUUAAUAGAUUCUUUGUUACCAAUAUAUUGUCUCUAUUUUUGUUAUGAAUUUGAAAUGCUUUAAUAUGGACCAUGUUCAAUGCAAAUGUAUAUUAUACAUAUACUAAGGAUACACCAGAAGGAAAUCCAGAAGAAACAUAAAAUACCUUAUCAAAAUUUUUCAAAAAUCACAAAAAUGGCUACCACAGGUUUUAAAAGUAGAUCAAGCAUAAUAUAUACAGUGGACGUCUCAAUGUUGAUAGAAGUUGUAAGUACAAUUAUCAACAAAUGGAUAAGUGCUGGUUGUUUAGAAUUACAAUUAUCUCAUUUCUCUAAAUUGCACAGCUGUAUAAAUUAUAUGGAAGAAUUCUUUUUGGCAAAGUUAAAAUUUGAGGAUAUAUUUUUGUUUCCUCUCUUGUUUAAACAUCCUGAUUUAUAUGUUUAAUCACAGAUGUAGGUAGUUUCUUUUCCAAGUCAAUUUUGAUCAUUUACAAAAUAGUUUACAUCCUUUUAAAUCCAUUGUGUAGGGAAGGAAUGGAUCAUAUAAUAUUCAACUUGCUAACAAAAUUUUUUAAUGGAUUAUCUGAUGUAAGUUAAUGAGGUAUUUUGAACAUGGUCCUUUGUUAUGAACUGUAGAAAUGGGUAUACAUUUCAAGUGAUCUGACACGAGUGCUAAGACCAUGAACUGUACAGAAGUUCAAACAGUGCUGGGCAUUGUUUAUUCCGAGUUUGAACAUUGCUUGAUUUAUUUCAAAUCAAAAUAGGUAUUUUUAAACAAUUUAAAUCCUGUUUUCCCCAGAACUCUUUACAUAACAUUGUUCUAAGGACAAAACAACAACUGUGUUAUUGUGGAUUUUGUACAGGUUGGCUAAGACAACAUUUAGCUUAGAUUUUUUUCUACACUAUUGUAUGAUAUUAUUUCCAUGUAAUAAUAAACUUAUAACACAUUUA